UAGUGAGUUAGCUUAGCCGGCUAACCAAAUGAUGUGGCUAGAGGAAAUUAGAACAGUUACAUGCCCUGGAUGAAUUUAAUGAUAUGUAGUUCCAAUAGAUGUAGGGAAGUAAACCAACUAUGUCGGAUAUCCCACGGCGUGGAUUUAGAGGAGAACAAGUCCCUGCCAUGGCAGCUGGUGUCAGCCUACUGAAUGAUCUGCCUCACUCCAGCAGUGGUGCCUGCGGUGAAGAGAUCAACACAGACAUGGAGGCAGCCAACACCAGGGUUCCCACAGCUAAGUACACCAAGAUGGGGGAGACGCUAAGGCAUGUCAUCCCUGGUCAUAUGCAGUGCUCCAUGGCGUGUGGAGGGAAAGCCUGUAAGUACGAGAACCCCUCUCGCUGGAGUGAUGAGGAGCAAGCCAUCAAGGGACUCUACUCGUCCUGGAUUACAGACAACUUGCUGGCUAUGGCAAGGCCUUCUACUGAUAUAAUAGAUAAAUAUAAUAUAAUUGAGCAAUUUCAAAGGUGUGGAUUGAGGACUGUAAUUAACCUGCAGCGCCCUGGGGAGCAUGCUAGCUGUGGCAACUCACUGGAGCCAGAAAGUGGUUUUACAUACCGACCUGAAAUCUUCAUGGAAGCAGGCAUCUACUUCUAUAACUUUGGAUGGAAGGACUAUGGUGUGGCAUCACUAACGACGAUCCUUGACAUGGUGAAAGUUAUGUCCUUUGCCAUCCAAGAGGGCAAAAUGGCUGUCCACUGCCAUGCUGGUCUUGGAAGAACAGGUGUGUUGUUGGCUUGUUACUUGGUCUUCACAUCUCGGAUGAGUGCCGAUCAAGCUAUUCUGUUUGUGCGAGCCAAGAGACCCAACUCUAUCCAGACCAGGGGCCAGCUGCUGUGUGUCAGGGAGUUUGCACAGUUCCUGGUUCCACUUAGAAAUGUGUUCUCUUGUACCGAUCCCAAAGCCAAUGCAGUCACCUUAUCCCAGUACCUCACCCGUCAGCGCCACCUGCUGCAUGGCUAUGAGGCACGGCAGAUGAAGAAUGUGCCAAAGAUUGUUCAGCUUGUAUGCAGGCUCCUCCUGGACAUCGUAGCCAACCAACAGGUGGUUGUCAAGGAGGAGCUGCUUGAAAUCCCAGAUCUCACAGCAGAGGUAGAAAAGACCGUGUCCCAACAAGCCUUGCAGCAACUGGGGAGGGAGAUUAGAGGAAAGGGUAUCCCUGUACCGUCAUUUCAUUCAUUUUGUCAUCGAACCUCACCCAUACUUCAGCUGCAUGAUCAACCUCUUGCCAGUGACAACGAAUUGGACCCAUUCUGGAUGCACCAGAAUGUGGAAAGCCCAACAAAUUCUCUUCUCUCUGGCAAAAGGAAUCUCAGUUACAGUGAUUCUGCCUUGCAUAGACUAGGACACAGACAGGACCACUUAGGGAGUCUUCAGAGUAACGAAUAUCCAGUUAACAGGCUGAUCAAACAUGCCCUUUCACAGACGAUUCUCACAGUCUCUAACUAUCCAAGAUUUCAUCCCAUCCUUCCUCAUGAUAUUAUGAGCAUUAUUCAGGACCCUCUCAUCACAACUAGUAGCCCAGAUGGUAUGCAGAAAAUUGAAGCAAACCAAGAUGCCAGAGCCCCUUUUUUAGAAAACCGAUUAGAUAGGGGUCAUCAUAGUCUGUCCUUAGGCUUCUUAGAGUGUGGAGGAAAACCCUGUUGUAAUGCCCAGCUUCAUGCCUUAUCAACAAAUACAACCUCGGUAGCCAGCGAGAAGCAUCCAGAAAAAGAUUUUUCAAUGGUGAGAAGUGCAGACAAAGGAGAAAAAACACAAGUGAUUGCCAAUGUUCCCUAUAUUGCCCUCCAAUCAGAGACUUCCAUAGAGGCCAGGCGCCUACUGGUGGCCAAAGCACUGGCCAUGGACCUGACUGACAAGGAUCUAAGUGUCAAAGUCUCAAUGUGGCAGACAGAGCUUAACUCCAGGGAGGGGGCGUGGGAGAGGAUGUGCAUGGAGAGAGAUCCUUUGGUUCUAUCAUGUUUGAUGUGGUCUUGGCUUGAGCAGCUAAGGGACCCUAUCAUCAGCAGUGAGGAUGUCAGAGCCAUCAGUGACAAAAACUAUGACCCUCAGCAUGCUCUUGACUCCUUGGAAAAGGGUCACAGGCUCACUUUGCUGUGCAUCCUCAACUGCGCUGCCCAUCUUUUUGCAAUACCUGAAGCAGUAGAGGCCUCUCUUCUUAACCAAACAGUAAAAGUGUUUACUAAGACUGACACUCCCUCAGAGAAAAACCAGGCUUUAUUCAAGAAUUUGAAAGCAAUCCUGACACCAGUUCUUCAUGAAAUGCGAAAGACGGCUAUGGAAGAGAAUGAAAACUCCUGACCAGAUGCUGAAAGGAUCACUAUUUAAAGAGUCUCUUCUCUAGUUUUGGGGCAUUAUUUAAAUCAGAUUGUUGCAUAAGUUACUGCUAAGUUCUGUGGACCUGUUUAUUUUAUUAAAACGUUUCAGUUGUGAUGUUUUAAUGUCUAACAUUUCCUUUCUUUUGGAUGUCUUCGUAGACUUUUUAACAAAGCACUGCCAUCUUUUUUGUUAUUGUGCCACCUCACAGUUUGAAAAGCAUUUUGUUGUCAAAGUGUCCUAUUUAGUUGUCAUAUUUAUGGAGAAUAAAUUACUUUUAUUAUUAUUAGCAAGUCAGAAAUAACUUGGGGAAGCUUUACAAAGUGAAUGUUUUUCAACUUGAACAGAAUUUAGCUAGCUGUCAACUGUUAAAAAGUAAUUUAAAUGUAAUCUUUAAGAGCUUUUACACUGUGGUAAUGCUAUGUAUUAUUUAUUUAUUUUAAUAUUAUCGUUUGAUAUUAGCAAUUUGUACAUAAUGUAUUGCUUAGAUGACAAAAUGCAAGCUGGCUCUUUUAGAUAGGAUGUAAGGAUUUUAUCCUGGAACUAAGUGCAAUUGAUAGUACUAGUAAUGAAAUGCACAUUUGCUGGCCACAGUGCAUAUGCUAUUUUUAAACAACAUGGAGUCCUUAUAAUACCACUGUGUGCAUCAGAAAAGACAAAACUUUAGGCUACACCAAUGUACUGUACAUAAAACAUCAACCUGCCUCCACUCUUGCAUUUGCAAAAUGCUAACUGCCUCAAUUUAAAUUGCCUAUGUCUAUACAUACGUACUUUAAUAAGCUACUGUCUCUAAUGUAAGCCUGUCUUUUUUGUGUUGCUGUCGAGAGGAAUUGGUGAUCCAGCUCGGCUUGAUGUGUCUGCACACAAUAAUGUAGUUUUAACAACGUUUUACUUCGUGAAUGUGGAACACUGACACACAAUCCACGUUAGUCAGUUAAAAGAAAUCAGGUGUAUUGUGGGAGUUUUCAACAAACACUGUUUUACAUCAUCCCAUUUGGCUAUUUAUUGAUGAAUUAAACAUAA